UGCACUUUAUGUUGUCUAUUGCUUGUUGUUCUAUGUUGCACCAUGGUUCCGGAGGAACGUAAUUUCAUCACACUGUGUACCUGUACUCAGAUGUAAUGACAAUAAAAGCCUCUUGACUUGACUUGAUUUGUUGCUUAUAGCACAUGGCUCCCCGUGUCUCUUUGUCUCCGCCCAUGUCUUCAGUGCUCCCACCUGUGUUAAUUUGUAGUUCUGCCCCCUCAUUAGCAACCCCAGGUGUUUCCUCCAUGUGUAUUUAAGCCCCUGUGUUUUCAGUGUUAGGUUUUCUGGUCUUGUGCUUGUUUCACGUCAGUCAGGUUGCUGUUUAUUUGUUUGUUUUCUUGUAAAUAAAUUACCUGCGGUACAUCUACCUCAUGUCGUUCCUGCUGCAUUACCUGACAGAAGACAAAACCUUACCAUGCCGCUUCAGCUCCCAUGCCUGCGGUACCUGCUGCUCCCAGCUCCUGUCGUUUAAUCUGUUUCUGUGCCAUCACCGCUCCUGCUCCAGUGAUCGCGGCUCCUGUCACCGCUCCUGCUCCAGUGACCGCGGCUCCUGUCACCGCUCCUGUUCCAGUGAUCGUGGCUCCUAUUGCCGCUCCUGCUCUGGUGAUAGUGGCUCCUGUUACCAUUCCUGCUCCGGUGAUCGCGGCUCCUGUUGCCACUCCUGCGCCAGUGCUAGCAGCUCCUGUCACCGAUCUUGCUCCAGUGAUAGUGGCUCCUGUUACCGCUCCUGCUCCAGUGAUAGUGGCUCCUGUUACCAUUCCAGCUCCGGUGAUCGCGGCUCCUGUUGCCACUCCUGCUCCAGUGCUAGCAGCUGCUGUCACCGAUCUUGCUCCAGUGAUAGUGGCUCCUGUUACCGCUCCUGCUCCAGUGAUAGUGGCUCCUGUUUACAAUCCAGCUCCGGUGAUCGCGGCUCCUGUUGCCGCUCCUGCUCCAGUGCUAGCAGCUCCCGUUACUGUUCCUGCUCCAGUGGUAGUGGUUCCUGUUACCACUCCUGCUCCAGUGGUCGCGGCACCUGUCAUCACUCCUGCUCCAGUGAUCGCGGCUCCUGUCACCGCUCCUGCU